AUGCCCACGUAUUCUGAACCAUCCGACGAUGAGCGACUUCCGUCUCCAUCCGAAAGGCAGCCGAGUGUCGAGCAGAGCUCGCGCAGACGUAGCACGCGAGCGUGUGACCAGUGUCGUCGUACCAAGAGCAAGUGCGAGCGCGACAAAGGCGCGCCCGCCAGAAAGCCCUGCCAUGGCUGCACUGCUCUAGGUCUACCCUGCACGUAUGCCGGCCCUAGUCACAAACGUGGCCCUCCCAAAGGGUACAUCCUGGCAAUUGAGCGCCGACUUCACCAGGUCGAAGCGCUCUUGGGGACAAUUAUCGGUUCAGAGGAUCCACGUGCCAAAGGUCUCAUCCAGGACCUAUCCCAGGAUCAGUUGGCCAGACAAAUAAUUCAACGAGUGGACGUAGGUCCGUUUGGCCGGAAGGGUCGUGUCACUCACCCAUUUGGAUCUACAAAGGAGGACUUCCUAACAUCCAUUAUGACGGGGGCAGGAGAGGAGAUCCAAGAAUCGUCUAAAGAUGAUGGAGCCUCUCCACGCUUCGAUAACCUCGCUCUAGUAAGUCCCAGUAGCACCUGGCAGGACAGUCUGCAGCGUCUUCUGCCUCGGGCAUCAGGGACAGCCUUCCCGCAGACUGCCGUGGACGCGGGUUCUGCGGGCAGCGGGUCCCCGGACCACCGAACCAGGCGUGCUUCGUUUCCCCUAAUGUCGAACCGCGUCUCUUCUCCGUGGAGAAUUCCGCCGGUUUCUCCCAUGAACUCAUUGUCAUCGUUGACUUCAUUCCCUACCGUCCCACCUUCGGAGCGCGUCUUGUGGGAUAAUAUCGCAGGUUUGGAGAAAUUCGACACUGAGUCAGUAGCCUCCGACGACUCCGAGGUCAAGGUGCCGGUUCGCGUGGAGGACGUCUACAUCGAUGGCAAUGCACAGUUGCGGAUAGCCAACCAGGUCAGCGGUUUGCAGAUACUCAGCCAAUGUCAAAAGAUUCUGACAGGAAGAGAAGAUAAAUCACUCGACUGCCCGUGGCCUUCGACGGACGCGGAAAGAACGGCGGCCCAGCUUCCUCCCUCGGCAUCAAUGCGACGCCCUCCAGAACAGCAUCAACAUGACCUUGUACGAGCAUUCUUCGAACAUGUGUACCCCGCAUUCCCCGUCAUCAAUAAAGCACACUUUCUGCGUUUGUAUCAUCAACAAUUGAACACUGGCGUUCAAGAGUCCCUUCACUCAAGCCUUGAACAAACGUCAUUCGACGUCCUAUUGCUGUCGAUGUUCGCCCUGUCGUACAGAUUCAUCAACACCUUUACAGAGGACCCUGACUAUGUCACUGAGGCUGAAAGGGUUCUAUUUUCUAUGCGUGGACGCGCACAUCCCCUUUUAUGUCAAGCUUGGCUGCUGCUGGCCUAUCGCAACGUCGGGAUCGGCUGCUUGGAGGCUGCUUGGAUGUACACUGGUAUCGCCAUUCGUAUGGCCCAGUCCCUCGGUCUUCAUAGGGACACUCAGGGACUCUUCUCAUCCGGUAUCGUCUCUGAAGAAGACUGGGUGGCGCGGCGACACGUAUGGGCGGGGUGCAUAAUUGUUGACAGACACCUCUCCGUUCUCUUGGGGCGACCCCCUAUGAUCGACGCAACGGACUGUGACGUUUCACCCGUGGCCAUUAUUCAGGGUAACGCUCUGCACCUCCAAACCGAUCUCGGCCUUGGAUCAAAUGGGGUGGCGGACUCGACUAUCCUUAUGUGCUUCAAUGCCUCUUGCGCGCUGGGUAUCGGUUUUGUUGGCGCUGUCAUAGAUCAGCUGUACGCUAUCACACGCCCAGCUGAUGCUGUCCUCGAGCUACGUGCGAAGCGGCUGGAACACCAAUUAUCGCAGUGGCGGAACGCCUUACCGGCCCAAGUGCAGCUGCAUGCGACGAGCUCUGUGCCCCCGGCCUGCGCGCUUGAGCUACACAUUCGGUAUUGGUGGACGGUCAUUUUACUUUAUCGCUCGUUCGUGCAGGGGCCUUUGGUGAAAAGCCUCUAUGCCAGUCCUGAUAGCGUCGAGUCGAAGGCUCUGGUGCUUUGUCGGGAUGCUUCGACGCAGCUGUCUUCGCUAGUGCGUAUGCUGUGCAACCAGACACCGGAGCCCGCCUCCCCCUUUCUACCAGGAUAUGUUUUGUCUUCUGGUAUUGUGGACCUGCUGAAUUUGAGUAUAGCGCACGAUGAUCACCAAGCCAACGUUAGGCUUCGUGGUUCCCUGUCUGCAUUGCAGCAUAUCGAGAAAACGUGGCCGGCUGCGCGUUCUGUACAUGGAUUACUUGACAAAGCCAUGUCGCUCCCCCCGUCGACACCGGUGAUCCCUCCUGAAUCCCCGACGACUCUCAGGCGCAAGCGCUCCGCUCAAGAAGUAUUCUCGGAGGACGAGCACGCGGAACAUGGGUCGAGGCAGAUGAUGGAGCAUCCCGCGUCCUCCCCUUCAUUCAGUAAAGACCAUUAG